AUGCUUCGGUCUCCGGUGCGCUUGACUUCACUCUUCACCACACCAAAACGCUCCGCAUUGGUAUGCGUCAGCUUAAGGAGAGCAUGGUAUACAACAGGCACACGUGAGAUCACCGACACCGAGAUCAAAAUCGACGACAAGGUUUAUCCAAAGGACGCAUGGACCAACAUUUCAGAGACGACAUUGUCACGCGUUGGACGCAAACUUCACUUGGAGCCUCGACACCCUAUUUCCAUUAUCCGUCAACUGAUCGAGGACCAUUUCGCCAAUUGGACGACUUUUAACGACCUGCAUCCCGUUGUUACGACCAAGCAGAACUUUGACGACUUGCUCGUGCCUAAGAACCAUGUUGUACGCAACAAAUCCGACAACUACUACUUGAACGAGACGACCAUGUUACGUGCGCAUACCUCAGCUCACCAGCUUGAAGGAUUGCGUUCUGGCGCUGACAAGUUUCUUAUUUCAGGCGACGUUUUUCGACGUGACGAGAUUGAUUCAUCGCAUUAUCCCGUGUUUCAUCAAAUGGAAGGAUUGGUGACCUUUGAUCGUGCGGAGGCUGCAGCCCAAGUACAAGCGGAUUUGGAGGCUACAGGCAUGGUGCAAAAGGCUGCCAGGGUACAAGUCGUGGAUGAUACCACCAUCACGCCAUCCAAUCCUAUCCAACCCACCCAUGAUCCAAAAGACGUCGAAGCUGUAUCAGCUCACCUAAAGUAUUGCAUCAACUCGUUGGUCAGCAAAUUGUUUGCCGAUGAACCCAAUCUCGAGGUGCGUUGGAUCGAGGCUUAUUUCCCUUUCACGAGUCCUAGUUGGGAGGUUGAAAUCAAGUACAAAGGUGAAUGGCUCGAGGUAUUAGGAUGUGGUGUUGUUCAACAACCCCUUUUGAAUAAUGCAGGCAUGGAAGGCAAGAUCGGCCACGCAUUCGGCUUGGGCUUGGAACGAUUAGCUAUGGUUCUUUUUGAUAUUCCUGAUAUCCGUCUUUUCUGGUCACGAGAUGAACGUUUCUUGCAACAAUUCGAACCCGGCAAAAUCCAGAAAUUCAAGCCAUUCUCGAAAUACCCACCUUGUAUCAAAGACAUGUCGUUCUGGUUGCCCACUGCUGAAUGGGAGGAAAACAACUUUUGUGAAUUGGUUCGUGAUGUCGCAGGCGACCUUGUCGAAAGCGUCAAAUUGAUUGACGAUUUCACUCAUCCAAAGACAAACCGACGCAGUCUAUGUUAUCGCAUGAAUUACCGAUCCAUGGAUAGAAAUGUAACCAAUGAGGAGAUCAAUGAGAUCCAGGAACGUGUGCGUGAUGCUGUAGCCAAGGAGUUCACUGUAGAGUUACGAUAG